AUGAAAGGCCAAAGCAAAAGAUUUGUGAACCACAAGGGAAAAGCUUACGACUUGGAAGUCAAAAAGGAGGAUAGUGUUGGAUUUCUCGAUUUGUGGCGAUAUUCCACAUGGGGCGAAGUCCUAUGCACAUGCUUAGGAGCCCUGCUAGGGGUCUUGUGCUCCGGAGGCCUGGUGGCCGCAGUCCUCAUCUAUGGGGAGCUCACCUCAUUAUUCAUCCAACGUCACAACGCCGAGCCACCUCCUUCAAAGGCCCUGAUCUUACAUUUAUUUGGAGGGGGCAGGAAAUUAGACCAUGGCAACAGAACCCUUCACAUGGACGCGUUGGUCGAAGACUCGAUGUCGUUCGCAUACGCCAGUCUCGCCAUUAUGGCGUGCCAGAUGGUCGCAGCUGCUGGAGCCGUCACUCUUGCCAAUUGGGCUGGAUCGAGAAUGAUAACGAGGUUAAGAUGGAAACUCCUUAGAUCAGUUUUAAGUCAAGAGACAGCGUUUUUCGACACAAACACCACAAUGAAUUUUGCGUCAGCACUCACAGAAGAUAUAGACAAAUUGAAAAUGGGUGUCGGUCAGCACGUGGCGAUGGCGUCGUACCUCAUUGGCAGUGUGUUCACAGCCUCCGCCGUCGCGCUGGCGCACGGCUGGCAGCUGACGCUCACGGGCCUGGCCGUUGUGCCCAUUGCUUUGUUUGUUGCCGCUACUGUUGCUAAGAAUCAAACCCGUUGCUCAGCAGAUGAAGUAGUCGCAUACGGGACGGCGGGACGAGUUGUGGAACAAGCUCUGUCCGCCAUCCGAACUGUUAGAGCGUACUCGGGAGAAAAAGUGGAAGUUGAAAAAUAUUCAGAAGCAUUAACAGGCGCCAACAAAGCGGCAAAGAAACGUUGCGCGUGGUCCGGCGCGGGCGCAGGCUUGGGCUGGCUUUUGACCUACAGUUUGAAUGCUAUAGUGUUCGCAUAUGGGGCCGCUUUAUGUGUUCAGGACUUGGACUUGGACAUCGACGAGAGGACAUACCACCCUGGUAUACUAGUCACGGUCUUAUUUUGUUCGUUCAUGGCCGCUCAAAACAUAGCCAUGUGCAAUCCCCAUCUGGAAAUAUUCUCAACCGCGAGAGGAGCGGCCAAGUCACUGUUUAAAUUAUUAGAGAGGAAUUCCAAAAUUAACGCUCUUAACGACUCAGGAAUAAAACCUGAGAAAUUUAGAGGCGACAUCGUAUUUGAGAAUUUGUACUUUAACUAUCCUUCAAGGCCGGAUGUAAAAGUCCUCCGAGGACUCACUCUCAGAGUGAACGCCGGGGAGACGGUAGCUCUCGUGGGAGGGUCUGGAUGUGGGAAGUCCACCUUACUCCAGCUCCUGCAGAGAGCGUACGAGCCUGAUAGCGGGAACAUAUCUUUUGAUGGAGAGAAACUGAACAAUCUACAUUUGCAUCAUUUUAGACGCAGUAUUGGUGUGGUGGGUCAGGAACCUGUACUAUUCAGUGGAACAAUAAGAGACAACAUCAUGAUGGGCGUAGACAAUGGCACGGAGCAGGAGAUGAUAGAAGCUGCGAAAAUUGCGCACGCGCAUCAGUUUAUAGUGAAGCUAGCUAAUGGUUACGAUACCGUUCUGGGUGAGAAGGGAGCUCAAUUGUCAGGAGGUCAGAAACAAAGGGUCGCAAUAGCAAGAGCACUUUUGAGGAAUCCUGCCGUUUUGUUGCUGGACGAACCGACCUCUGCAUUGGAUCCCGCUGCUGAGAGACAGGUUCAAGCUGCGCUAGAUGCUGCCAGUGUCGGAAGAACUACGCUAGUGGUGUCACACAGACUCUCAACAAUAGUGAAUGCCUCUCGUAUAGUCUACAUAGAACAGGGUUCAGUUCUCGAGCAGGGGACUCACCUCGAGCUACUGGAGAAGAAAGGCGCAUAUUGGCGACUUUUACAAGAUGACAUGACACAUAGGAGUGCAGGCGCACCUCUGCCGGAGAAUGAGGAUGAAGACGACGAAUUUUUAGAGAGUGAGGCCGAGAUCAAAUUGAGACCAAUUCGAAGAAAUAGCAGCGUGUGUUCCAAAGACUCCAUCGUGCGAGACAGCUUCAUUCGAGGAAGCCGGAGGUUGGGUGCGCUGAUGACGCAAGCCACUCCCGCCACUGCUGUUGUGGAGGAGGAAGAAGUCAUUCCUGAAGAGGAGGAAACAGAUGUCACCACCUGGCAACUCCUCAAGCUGAACAGCAAGGAGUGGCCGUUGCUGCUUGGAGGAGGGCUGGCUUCGUUGGUCAUCGGAGCAACCAUGCCCGUGUUCGCUUUACUCUUCUCUAAGUUAUAUGGCAUGUUCUCCUGGACAGACCAUGAUGAAAUCCUACGCCAUUCCCAUUUCUACGCGGGCAUGUUCGCGCUGGCGGCGGCCGUCAGCGGCCUCGUCACCUUCCUGCAGACCUGGCUGUUCGGGCUGGCGGGCGCGCGCCUGACGGACCGGCUGCGAGUGUUGACCUUCCAGAACUAUUUAGUACAGGAACAAGGUUGGUUCGACAUCCCGGCCAACUCGGUGGGAGCUCUGUGCGCGAGGCUGGCGUCGGACUGCGCGGCGGUGCAGGGCGCCACCGGUACUCGUCUGGGCACUAUGCUGCAAGGCAUCAGUACAAUGGCGCUGGGCGUGGGAUUGGCUAUGACGUACUCUUGGAAGAUGACACUCGUCAGCCUGCUGAGUGUGCCGUGUGUGAUAGGUGGUAUCUGCUUAGAAGGUUGGAUGACGAAGAAGUCGGAAGUGAAAGAGCGGCUCGCUUUAGAGAGCGCGUCUCGUCUCGCGACUGAGGCCGUGAUGAAUGUUCGCACUGUGCAUAGCUUGGGAGUGGAAUAUGCCAUUCUUAACCGAUACGAGAAGGCCUUGCAAGAGGCGCAGCAGCAGGGCGGCGCGCGGCGCGUGCGCGGGCCGGUGUACGGGCUGUGCCUGUGCGCGCCCACGCUCGGGUACGCCGUGUCGCUGGCGUACGGCGGGUACCUCAUCGCGAGGGAGGACAUGAACUAUGAAUACGCUAUCUUGGUCUCGGAAGCCCUGAUCUAUGGGGCAUGGAUGUUAGCAGAGGCCCUAUCGUUCGCUCCAAACUUCGCGGCGGCGCGUCGCUCCGGCGCGAGGAUCGUCCGCGCGCUGCGCCGCACUCCGCUCGUCCAGACUGAAGGCACCGCUGUAGAUGAUGCUUCAUGGAUUGCGACAGGCAAGCUUAACUUCAACAACAUUCACUUCCACUAUCCCACGAGACCUAACGUGCCAGUUCUAAGGGGUCUGAACCUGGAACUGCCUCCCGGGAAGACCCUGGCUCUGGUUGGACCUUCUGGGUGUGGAAAGUCAACGAUCAUGCAUCUUCUGUUGAGGAGCUACGAUCCUGUCCAAGGAGUUGUGAAACUGGAUGAGAGGGACAUCAAGCGCGACCUCACGCUCCCCGUCCUGCGCGCGCAGCUCGGCCUCGUGCAGCAGGAGCCGGUACUCUUCGAGCGCUCCAUCCGCGACAACAUCGCGUACGGAGACAACUCGCGACCAGUCACCACCGAGGAGAUUCUGGAUGCUGCGAAGAUGGCCAAUGUGCAUUCUUUCGUUUCCACGUUACCUUUGGGCUACGACACAGUUUUAGAAGCCGGCAGCGCGGCCCUCUCUGGUGGGCAGAAGCAAAGAGUGGCCAUCGCUAGGGCUCUGCUGCGGAACCCCAGGGUCCUACUUCUGGAUGAGGCUACUUCUGCGUUAGAUGCUGCUAGUGAGAAGGUGGUCCAAAAAGCAUUAGAAAUAGCAUCUAAAGACCGGACCACAGUUAUCAUCGCGCACCGCCUCGCCACCGUGCGGCACGCCGACAUCAUCUGCGUGGUGGAUAAAGGUGUAAUAGCAGAGAGCGGUUCACAUGAAGAAUUGGUUCGCAAACGAGGCUUGUACUUUGAGCUGUUACAACAACAAGGGCCAUUGGAACCUAAUUCA